ACAGAGAAACAGUUUCAUCAUCUGAUCUGAAGUGAAGUUAUAACAGAAACAUUUGAAUCGGUGAAGAUGAAUCGAGUAAAUCAAGAGUGCGUGGAAACGCUGCGAUAUCUCAGUAAAGAGGAGGCGGUAUCCAUGGAGACAGAGUUGCUAAGGGAUUAUCGCUUUGGACGGGAACAGUUGGCAGAGUUAUUGGGGCACGCGUGUGCAGUUGCCAUCACUAAGAUUUUCCCGCUGUCCUCACUGGAGAAACGUCAGCCAACCUUGCUCGUGCUCUGUGGACCGGGUCAGAACGGCUGCGUUGGGCUGGUGUGCGCGCGAUAUUUGCGCGUAUUUGAAUACAAUCCGACUGUGUUUUGCCAUGAACGCUCAAGGGAAGGUUUACAUCAGGACCUCACAGUCCAGUGUGAAAAGAUGGACCUUCCCUUCCUGUCCUACCUGCCCACCGAGGUCCAACUGGUUAAUGACGCCUAUAAUCUGGUUGUGGACGCGGUUUUGGGUCCAGAAACUGAACCAGAGACGGAGGCGCUCACGAGCGCUCUGCAGGCGAUGCGAGGGGUCAAAAUCCCUAUCGUCAGCCUCGACAUUCCCUCAGGUUGGGAAUCUGAUGACAGCAACACAGACCAAAUCAAUCCAGCUCUUCUCAUUUCUCUGAUCACACCAAAGAGAUGCGCUCAGAGUUUCUCUGGACCUCACUUCCUGGCUGGACGCUUUCUGCCCUACGACAUCCAGAAGAAAUACCAGCUAAAUUUGCCCAAGUUUGCUGGGACAGAUUGCGUUGUUGAAUUGUGAUCGGUGCAACUGAUUUC